CAAGAUUUGAGUGACACCAUUUCCAAAAUGAAUGAUGCCACAGCAGCAACAGCUGAGGACAUUUUACAGCAGAAGCUGCAAGGUCUGUCGCAGAAGCAGCAGCUAGCCGUCAGACAGUGUUUUGAAGCUGCAAAACGAAAAAGUACACGGGGCAUGAAGUACAACAAGGAAUGGAUGCUGGAAUGCAUACUUCUUAAAAUGCGCAGCCCCAAACUGUAUGACUACAUCCGGAGACAGAAUAUCUUAGUGAUUCCAGGAAAAACGACUAUGAGAAAGUAUAUUGCAAGCUACAUGGCUAAUUUUGGUUUUAAUGAAAACAUGCUUCAAACGCUAAAAGAGAAGACUUCCACAAUGGACCCUUUCAAGUGCCAGGGAGGUAUAGUGAUAGACGAAAUGAAACUCUCUGAGCACUUGUCUGUCGACACAGCUGGCAGGGUCAGUGGUUUCGUCGACUUGGGUGCCUACACACCUAAAGAAGAAAAGCAACUGCCUUGUGACCACGGUCUUGUGGUAAUGUUUGUGCCCCUCACUGGUAGCUGGAGCCAAAUACUGGGAACAUUUGCUACACGCACAAACAUCAAGGGGGAGUUACUUGCAAAGAUAGUGCUGGAAGCCACAAUUCUGGCAGAGAAAGCAGGGCUUUUCGUCAACUAUGUCACGUGCGAUGCCGCGACAUGGAACAGAAAAAUGUGGCGGAUUAUGGGUGUGAAGGCAAAUUCAAAAGAAGUUAUUGCUAAAAGGGUGCAUACUUCUGACGACAAGAGGUCCCUUUACUUCCUAUCGGAUUUUCCACACCUUGUGAAGAACAUCCGCAACAGACUUCUUCAAACAAGCUUCCACACGCCAGAUGGAAAGGUCUCUAUGGGGCCACUGCGAGAAGCUUUGAAGAUUGAUGAGAACAACCUCACCUUGAAAGCCAUGCCUCGGCUUACGAAGACCCACAUAGAGCCAAAUAAUUUUGAAAAGAUGCGUGUGUCCCUCGCCUUCCAGAUUUUCGGCUCUGAUUCUUUGAGAGGCCUUCAGCUUUACAAAUCACAGCUUGAGAAAUGUUGUGGAAACAUUGAGCCAACGCAGAAGUUUUUCAGGAGGAUGAAGUCUCUCAUCACAGUGAUGACAGCACGUUUUCCAGGGGAAGCUUUGAGGCCCAACUCUCCGGCAGUACGAGACCUCGAAGAAUUCUUGGAAUUCCUCUCAAGAUGGGAACAGACUGCUGAUAAAAAGAACUUCUUGAGUGAAUGUACGACGGAAGGACUGAGGGUCACUAUAAAUAGUACCUUGGGUCUUCUUAGCUAUCUACAUGCAGAGCUUGGCUAUUCCUACCUUAUGACAAGCCGCUUAAGCCAGCAUAAGAUUGAAAACCUAUUUGACAAGCCUGCUAAUUUGUAUAAGCAGCAGCAACUGGUUGAUUUGUUACUUGAUGCUGGAGACUUCGAAAGUGCUGAAGGUUCGCUUAAUAGCAGUUCUUUGUCUGCACCAGACCACCCAUACGUUGUUCAGCACAGCGACUCGAGGCUUACGUACUAUGUGGCAGGCUAUGUUGUGCAGUGCAUGCAUGAAUGA